CUUCCUUGAAAAGUUGCAUAACACAGUAGAAGUGGCCGGCCGCAGCGAACAAAAGAAGUGUCUGCAAAGCCGUUACUCUUACUCAUCACCUAAACCCCUAAUUCCAAUCCCCAAUGGCGAACGACUCGUCGUUUUUGUUCGCCGGCAUUCGUUUCGAUAGAAAGAAGUUCGGCGCCGAUAUUGCCAGGUUCCAGAAAAAAGACAGUGAUACUGAUUCGGCGAAGAUUUCGAGCGCCGCCGAAGACGAAGGCGAGAAAACAAUAGAACCAGUGGAAGAGAAAGUCGCAGCGUCAACGACGAAGAAGAGGAAGCGCAAGGGAACCUCUUCCGAAACGGUUGAAGGAUUCAAUGUGUUCAGAAGUUCGACGUCUGUGGCGCAGUCGAAUGAUGAAGUCCGAGUCAAUGAGGAGUCCGUUGAGCUGAAUAAGAAGACAAAGAAGAAGGAACAAAAUAAGCAACUCGAGCGGGACGCAAAAUUCAGAAAGCAGCACAACAUUCAUGUCUCUGGUUACAACGUGCCGACUCCGCUUCAAAGCUUUGAUGAGUUGAAAUCAAGAUAUAACUGUCCUUCGUAUUUGUUGCGCAAUCUGAAGGAACUUGGAUUUAGAGAACCAACACCUAUCCAAAGGCAGGCUAUUCCAGUACUUCUACAAGGUCGUGAAUGCUUUGCUUGUGCACCGACUGGCUCUGGGAAAACCCUUGCGUUUGUGUGUCCAAUGCUUAUGAAGCUUAAGGAUCCGGAAAAAGGUGGCAUUCGAGCUGUUAUCCUUUGUCAUACUCGUGAAUUAUCUGUCCAAACAUAUCGAGAGUGCAAAAAGCUUGCUAAGAGAAAAAAAUUUCGUAUCAAGUUGAUGACUAAGAAUCUUUUAAGAAAUGCUGAUUUUUCAAAAUUUCCAUGUGAUGUACUAAUAUCCACGCCACUUCGAUUACGCUUGGCUAUCAAGAGGAAGAAGAUUGAUCUCAGCAGAGUUGAGUAUCUUGUCCUGGAUGAAUCGGAUAAGCUAUUUGAGCCUGAAUUAUUCAAGCAGAUUGAUUCUGUUAUCAAGGCAUGCUCAAAUCCCUCAAUAAUACGCUCACUGUUCAGUGCUACUUUACCUGAUUUUGUUGAAGAUCAAGCUCGAGAACUUAUGCAUGAUGCUGUUCGUGUAAUUGUUGGCAGAAAGAAUAUGGCUUCUGAAACAAUAAAGCAAAAAUUGGUUUUUACUGGAAGUGAAGAAGGAAAACUUCUAGCAAUUCGUCAAAGCUUUGCCGAGAGUCUUAAUCCUCCAGUAUUGGUUUUUCUCCAAAGCAAGGAGCGUGCCAAGGAGCUGUACAGUGAACUUGCAUUUGACAACAUUAGAGUUGAUGUUAUCCAUUCUGAUUUGUCUCAAGCAGAGCGAGAAAAUGCUGUUGAUAACUUCAGAGCUGGAAAAACAUGGGUUUUGAUUGCUACUGAUGUAGUUGCCCGUGGCAUGGAUUUCAAAGGUGUGAACUGUGUGAUCAAUUAUGAUUUCCCCGAUUCUGCUGCUGCUUAUGUCCACAGAAUUGGUCGUUCUGGCAGAGCAGGGAGGACUGGAGAAGCAAUUACUUUUUACACAGAAGAUGACAUUCCUUUCCUUCGGAAUGUUGCUAAUCUUAUGGCAGCAUCGGGCUGUGAGGUUCCUUCCUAUCUCAUGGAGUUGCGCAAAAAGAAGUGGAAGAAGCACAGGCCAAAAAGAGAUUCAAUCUCAACAAAACCAGACCUAUAACACUGUAACAGCAUAGAAUGGCAACAUGCUUUUAACCUUGAAAUUUCCAGUAGUGUUUAUUUCUUAAAAUAGGCCAGGCAGCCUAGUGGCAAGAUUUUGUUGUUGCCCAUUCCCAAAUGCAACACGAUGAAAAGGGAAGGGAGAGGGUAGGCAAUUGUGACCAAGAGAGAAUCGCGUUUUAGCUAAUGCAAUAGGCUGCUGGCAGUGUUGCCUAAAUUUAAACCAUGAUUGUCGUCAUAUACUCCUCAGCCCUCACUGUAAGCCCCCUAAAGUGUAAUCUCAUGUGAAAUGGGUAUUCUUGUGCCUCUAGAAACUAGAAUGUUUAUUUGAUAAACAUUUAAGAAAUUCAUUUUCAUUAUUAUUUUCUUUUAUUGCAGGGGGUGAUACGGAUCACUUUAUUUUGCUUAUCAACUGCUGUAAGAAUUUUUAUUAUAUUUUGUAAGUUAGUUUUUGCCCAAAGCGGUUAUUUUGA